GCACGUCUCACUAGGAUUGCACAAUAAACACAGGGCGCCUCGCUUCUGCCUGAGAGCUUGUUGUCGAUUUUUUUUUUUUAACCGGUUCCGUUUGCCAGCUGCUACUCUGGAACAAGGAGCCUCAGAUCAGACCAACAUGGCCCCCUCGGCUCGACCCAGCAGCUCCGAACUGGAUAUGGAUGAAGACGAGGAGUCCUACUAUGGGAUUCAGAAAGCCGACAGAAAGACCAGGAAGCCUCUGGUGGAGAAGAAGAGGAGAGCUCGCAUCAACGAGAGUCUGCAGGAGCUGCGCACCCUGCUGGAGGACUCAGACCUUCAUUCCAAGACGGAGAACGCAGAGGUGCUGGAGAUGACGGUGAAGAAGGUGGAGGAGGUGCUGAAGAACCGAAGCCAAGAAUCAGACACCCUCUCCCAGGAAGCCAGCGAGAGGUUUGCUGCCGGCUACAUCCAGUGCAUGCACGAGGUCCACACCUUCGUGUCCACGUGUCCCGGCAUCGACCCCACGGUGGUGGCGGAGCUCCUGAACCACCUGCUGGAGUGCAUGCCGCUGAACGAGGACCACCUGCAGGACGUCCUGAUGGACCUGAUCACGGAAACUUCUUCUGGGAGUAACGGCAGCAGCUCUUGGCACGGAGGCGAUGAGAGUCUCUGUUCGUCCUCGCUGGCCUCACCCGGAGGACAGAGUAUUUGUUCGUCCUCCGCCCUCUCCCCCGCCCCGUCCACCACCUCCAGCGAGGACCUGUGCUCCGACCUGGACGACACCGACAGCGAGCAGAACCAGAGCUCCAGCGAGGGCCCCGAGACCCCCGUGACCUACCCGAGGUCCAUGUGGAGACCCUGGUAGGGGUUUGGAUAUGUUGGAGCAGCUGAGACCGGAAUAUUCAACCCUACCACACAGAAACACUUCAAAAUAAACAUUUCCUUUGGUGGUGAAACAUGCAUUGAAACCCAUCUUUGUGUGGUGCAGGAAUGAGUCCUAAAACCUGGAAAUGAGUCAGCAUUUACCACUUCCCAUUCUCUCAUUUUAAAGUCAAUGGUUUUUUGAUUGACUAGGGAGACCGGAAUAUUCAACCCUACCACAUAAAAACACUUCAAAAUAAACAUUUCUUUGGGUGGUGCAUCUUGCAUUUCUUGGCUCAAUUAGACCUGGCCACACACAUGGAUUUUUAACUUCUGGAUCCCCUGGAGAUCAAUUUGUCGUUGUGUGGAGGAACCAUCUUUUUCCCACAAUAGAGUGGUGCAGGAAUGAGUAAAAAGACCCGGGAAUGAGUCAGCAUUUUACCAAGUCCGGUUCUCUCAUUUUAAAGUCAAUGGUUUUUUGAUUGGUUUUUGGUAACUAGACUGAGAUUAGGUCUGUGGUUAAAACAAGCUGAAGAGAUUUUCACGUUUUGUUCUACGACAUAAAAUACUGCUGAAUGUCCGCUUUUGUGUGUCUUAAAAAUGGCGGUUGCUAACAAGUGACUAAAGGAGACUAUUCAACGUCAUCAUGGCGAACAUUAGCCGCCUGUAGCUUAGCGGUGGUGAUGCGCAGCCAUGCUACCGUAAUGUAGUUAAUUCAUAGCAUUACGCUAGCCUUUUUACUCCUGCUGAUUGCAUUUACGCUUCAAACUACAAAAUGGUGUUAGUAUGUGGAGAAAAUCCUGCUGAACAAAACGUGUAGUAUCAUUAUUUCCACAGAUCAUAUUUUCUGCAAUAUUCCCAAAAUCCAAUUGUAAAAUCCUAUUGGCUUUUUGUCGAGGGAGCCCUUAGGGUGCUAACUUCCGGGGUUUUACUUAAAAAAUACGUCAUUAUUGCACCACCCUAUUGAACACUACACGUGUACAUUGAUCCCACUGCAUUCUGGGAGAUGUAGGAAAUCACUCAGUGAGGUAGAAAUAGAGAAAACACUCCUUAAGUGCUUUGGAUAUCUUGGGAUGUAUUGAGUGUUAAACGAUGGGGUUCCCUUUAUCUCAAUACAGGGGUCUUUCCUGGACGUACACCCCCUCACUUUCCUUUUCAGUAUGUUGUGACUUUUCCUCACACCUGAAAAAGGAUGAAACAUUCACUUAUAACCCGGCAAAGGACAGACGAGGAACAGAUCACACUUUCUUUCUUUCUUUUUUUUGUAACUCUGUGUAUAUAGGAUUUGUAUGUGGAGAAAAGCUCUUGUAGAAACCGAGAAAUUUGGCAAUGACUCUGAUUAAUAUAAAUAUUUCUAUUGUAUUUCAUAAAGGCCUGUAGUUUAUCGGACCAGUAGCCUCCUUCAGAAUGACCACUUUAUGUUGUAACGAUGUGUAGAAAUGCCAGUAAAAAUGUCUGCAUUUGAUAAAUAAAAUAAUGUA